CCUUCUCGCGCACGGAUUACGUGCAGUUGACGCGAUACACGUACAUAUACAUUUCGGAGCUCCUGCUGUAUAUGUGUACAAACUUUGAAAGAAAAGCUCGCCGAUCAUCAUGGAAAUGACAAGCUGCCGAACGAACGUCGCCGUCGACGCCACCGCAUCGAUGGAAGACGCGUACGUUUGCUGCAAGUUCCACGAAAAAUCUAUGGAGAUUUUGGUGAUACUAGGCGACGACACGUCGGCUUUCAGAGGAGAGGUUUUGUAUAAAAAUUUGGAAAGGUAUGCCAAUUCGCUCAACGUACAGCUUGAUGAAUACGUGUCCGAGUGUAAAAAUAUAUUUAGUGGCCAAAGAACUGAUACACAAUUUUUAUUAAGAAAAAGUGAAUUUAUAUGGAAGAAGAAAGUUAUAUUAGGAAAAAUUUUAAUUACAAAAGAAGAAAAUUAUAAAGAUUUAAUGCAAAGCUUUACUUUGUGCCUAGUGAAUAGUUAUUCUGUGAUAAACCAAAAAUUUAAAAAUUUAGAAGAGUCGUCAAAAGCUCUCAGCAUUAAUAACGAAAAAUUAAGAAUGCAAUUGGAGUGCUUGACCAAAAUAAAAAAUGAUAUGGAACUAGACAUUUACAAAAAAACGAUAAAAUUCAAAACUGAAAUUUCCUCACACUGGUUGAGAAGUGACAACAAUAGUAUUAGAGAAAUACAAGUUCUAAGUCAAGAGAGUGAGUUGGAGAUGGAAUUAAAGCUAGAAGAAGAUGACAGUGCAAUACCAUCUCCAACUUCACAAAAUGAGUCAGAAGAAAUUAUAUUUUAA